AUGGUGUCCCCUACUCUAGCGCGCAUGACCGCACAGGUUCAUAUAACCGCAUUUCCCAUGCCAAAAAACCUAUCUGAAAGCAAGCUUGUACUGGCCGCGCUCCAGAAGUUUGGAGAGGUAAUAACAUACCGCAACCUCAAGUAUGACACGACCAACACUUCACCAAACCCUAACCGCCCCAUUGUCGCGAUCUUCGAGACAGCCGACGCAGCAGACCGCGCGAUAGCAGCUUCGCCCAUAACCAUUCCCCUACCGACAUCCACCUCCCCCUCUAAAUCUCAAUCUUCAACCUCUAUUCCAUUCACAUCAACUACCAAGCCACCUUUAAAUACCCGCCGCUCACUCAUCUUCGAAAUUCAACACUCGCGCCACAACCACGCCUCCGCCCUCAAACGCAGCCCCUUCUACUCUACCUAUAACCUCUUCAAAAACAACCCCAUCUACGAAGAUCUGAUCAGCGACGAGACCAGUAUCCCGCUCAAAGAACUGGCUGAUACACUUUCGAGCAAGAAGUAUCCUAUUGGCGCUGGCGUCAAGUCUAAUAUCCAGGAGGAAAAUCGCCGCAUGGGCGCGACGAGUUUAGUGAAUAUGUGGAAGGAGGGUAUGGGGAUAGAUGUUGAGCUUGAGAAUGAGGGGCAAGAUUUUGGCGAGAAUGGUCCUGUGGUUGAACAUCUCGGCGGUGGCAUUAGGGAGCCCGGGGAGGGAUUGGAGGACGAGAAGCAAAGCUCGGUAGUCUGA